CGCUUGGAUGUUUGACGCGAAUAUUUUCUUCUCAUUUUCGUCUGAAGUAGUGUCUUAAUGUGUUUUUCUUUCACGUAAAUUUGUGUAUGAGUGGUUUAAGUGUGUGAAACAAGUGGAAAAAUGGAGAUGGCUAAUUGGACAAAUCUGAUUAUGGGCUGGGUGAAUACCACUGAGCUGGUGGAGAAGCCUUGCCUGUUUCUCGACCAGACGGACUUGGAUCUCUUCUACGCCGAGUACAGGAAGCUCAUGAUAGCUGUGACUAUUCCGGAGAGGAAUAUCAGGGACUUCAUCAAAGCGCAGUAUCCAGCCUUCCAGAUUCACUUCUUCGACGAUAACACAAUCUGUUCGGCUGACUACAUGUACAUUUACUGCCUUCUGCUGCACUACUCCUGUGUCGUGUGCAAAGACAAGAAGUUCCAGAGCAUCUGCAUGAAGCUGACCGGCUCCCAGCAGGAGUCAAUAGCUUCUCUCUUCAGCCGCUUGGGCCAGAGAGAAGACAUCACCAGGGCCUCUCUGAAGGGCAUCCUUCGAGAGACACCUGUGGAGAGCUCUUCCAUCGAAUUUAUGAAGCUCGGUUCUCCCAUCCGAACACCCCUGAAGACUUCUCCGCCCACGCCGGCGGUUAAACUUCUCGAGGAUCGAUCUCGUGAGUUGAUUUCCGUGAAGGCGCAGCUUGAGACGGAGCGAUAUGAGAAAAACUUUCUGGAGGCGCAGCUGAAGGAGACAGAAGAGAGGCUGAGGAGGGCCAAUCAGCAGCAGAAGCAUUACGUGGUGGAGAUCAAGCAGCUGAAAGAGAAGCUUCUCUACGGCGACGAGCAGAACAUUCCUCAGAAUGGAGAGAAGAAGAGUGGGCAGUCUUUGGUGUGUCUGCAGAGGCAAAUACAGCAGCUGGAGGACAAGAUUUGCAAUCUAAACGCCGAUGUGGAGGUUCUGACGCAAGAUAAACGCACUCUGCAGACAAAGGCGGUGCGCAUGGAGGAGGAGUUGAGCAAUUUCAGGAAGAAGUGCCAUGAGCAAGUGAUUAUCCAUGAAGAUGUCCAAGCAGAAUUGCAGAACAAAUUGCUGAUCAUCGCGAAUCUGGAGAGUGUCAACGAAGAGCUGACAACGCUUAUCAAGGAGCUAAAACCGUCAAAUGACCUGAACUCAACGGAUUCCUUGGACUUCUCCUUCGGCAGCUCCAACAGUAAAAUUGAUGAGAUUCAAGAGAACUUGGCCAAGACUGUGGUGGAAGUGCAGCUGAGAGAGAAGGAGAAUGAGAAUCAGAUUAUUCGCACAGCUCUCGCAGUGAAGGAGGCGGAGAUGAAUGAAAUUGCUCAGGAAAUUAAGGCAUUCAUGCUGAAAAUUGAGGCAGACGAGAGCGUUUCGAGUGGGAAGGACAUUCGGUGUGCGGUGCCUGAGCUGAUGAACAUGGUGGAGAAGCUGAUGGACAAGGAGGCGGCUAUGAAGAAGACGCUGGGAAAGGCUGAAGUGGAACAGUCAUCACUCGUGGACACCAUUGCACGUCUUAAUGACGAGUGCGCGCGAAUGAAGCAGGAGAUGGACGUGCUGGUGGGCAAGGAGAGAUCCGCUGAGGAAACACUGUCACGAGCACAAGAAGAGUUGGUCGUGCAAUCUCAAGAGAUGGAAAGGAUUGCGAAAGCUUUGAAAAACUUGCAGUGCUCAGCGGAUAAUGCGGAAAGGGAAGUCUUCAUGCUGAUGUCUGUCAAUGCCAGAUAUGAGAAUAUUAUUGAGGAAAAUGAGGCAUUGGAGAAAGAAUUAUCAAAUAAAAUCAAGAAGCUGGAGGAAAAAUGCAGUGUGGCGGAAAAUCAACGGGAAGAUGUGAAGAAAUCUCUUGAGGAUCACAAGAGAAAACUCAAUGAAUCUGAGGAUGCGCUGCGAGAAAAACAAAUUGAUUGUGAGAGAGUUGAAGUGGAGAUGGAGAAGCUGAAAAAAGAACAUUCUGUCCUCACCAAUAAGAUUUCUGACUUGAGUUCCAUUGUGAAAUCACUUCAGGAAGUAAAGGAGCACCGGAACACGGAAGUUAGUCAAUUGACCGAACAGCUGAAGAGUCAAAAGUCUGAGGUUGAGCAAUUGAAACAUGCCAAUGAAUCUGUGUUGUUCGAGAAGGACGAAUUGAGAGCAGAAUUGGAGACAAAAACUAAUGAAAUCGCGAAUCUGGAGGAAGUGAAGCGGAUUUGUGAGGAGAAAGUGGCUUCAUUUGAGAAAUUGUUGCAGGAGUCUGAAGAAGUGAGAGAAAAGGAGAAGAUAACGCUUGAAGAUCAAUUUAAGGAGGCUAAAAACCUCGUGGAUGAUCUGAAGGAUCAAGUGGGCAGCUUCGAGGCGCAAGAAAUUGAGCUCUGUAAGCAGAUUAAUGCUUUGACCACUGAGCUUACGAUGUGUAAGUCGGACAACAAGAAGUGCAAUUCGAAGAAACUGGAACUGAUAAAGCAGUUGGAUAUGCAGAAAACUCAGACACUUCAUUUGCUGAAUGAAAUUGAAAGUGGAAAGCGUGAAAUCGUGACUUUGAAGGACGCAAUAAAAGAAAAGGACAUUCUUCUCGAGACGACUGUGGCUGCCAAGGACGAAGUCGGUGUGAAUCUUCAGAAGUCAGUUGGAGAAUUCGAUGAAAUUAAACAGAAAUGCUCCGAGUUGGAGAGUGAGAAGCAGGCUGUUGUUCAGGAACUGGAGAGACUCAAGGCUGAAGUCAAUCAGUCGAGAGAAAAGAUGACGAAGUUGAGUUCGGAUGCUGAUGUUUUGAUGAAACUCAAUGAACAGUUGGAUGAAUUGUCGGCUGCACGUUCAUCAGAUGCGAUUGAGAAGCUGAAGGAUGUCCAGGAACAAAUGCUACUGAAGGACUACGUAAUUGAGAAUCUGGAGAAUGAAAAGGACAAAUUGAAUCGCGAGUUGGCUGAAAUGAAGGAAGUCUCUAUGCGAAAUGCUGAUCAGAUCAAAAAUAUGGAGAAGCAAAUCGAUGAGGAGUGCAAGAUGAAGCGAGAAAUAGCAAAGAGUCAGGAAGAAGAGCUCUCUUCUCUUCAGCGUGCCCUUGCAGAGACGUACAAGAAGACUGAGAUUCUCUCUGCAACUGUUCAGGAUUUAGAAAGCACGAAGAAGGAACUGAGUGCGCUCUUGGAGGCUGAAGUGGCUCAGAAAAAGGAAUUUCAGGAGAAAAUGUGUCGGGAAAGAGAAGCAUCGUCACAACUGGAGGAUGAAAUUCAAUCUUUAAAAGAAGAUUUAACGGAGAGGAAGAGUCACUGUACGAAAAUUGUCGCGGAAGUUGCAGAAUUGAAGAAGAACGUUGAAUGUCUGACCACUCAAUUGUCCGAACAACAAUCUGAAAACGAUCUUUUGCGAGAGAAGAACAAAUGUCUUAGCGAGGGCGAAGCUGAACUUCAGAAAAAGGUGGAGAAGUUGACGAAUGACAUUCAGGAUUUGGAUGCAAUUAAGAAGGAAGUGUCUAUGAGAAUGGAUAAUCUUGUUAAGGAAAUUGGUAAGAAAGAAGUCGAAUUGGAGAAUCAAAAGAAGGAAUCUCAAGCUGUAGAGGAAAAUCUGAGAAGAGAGAUUUCUGAGGUGAAGUCUCAGAAUUGUGACCUCCAAGAUGAUAAGAAGUCCUUUGAAGAGAAGAUUGCGAACUUGGCGAAUCUGGAGAAGAAUCUCGCAGAGAUUCAAGACACUUUGACUGCGAAAGAAUCUACAAUUCGAAGUCUUGAGGAUGUUAUUUCGUCUAAAACCGUGGAAAUGGUAGAAUUGUCUGAGAAGAUGGAAGCCAUAGAAAAUAAGUGUGAAAACCACGUCAAGGAACUUCAAAAUGAUAAGAUUGCGCUUGAAGAAAAGUCAGCGGAACUGCAGCGAAUGGAGGAGGAUCGUAAGGUGGUGAAUGAGAAGGCGAAGCAGUUGUUGGAGAAGCAACAGAACUUUGAGAUUAAGUGCACUCAAUAUGAGAAGCGUAUCAAGCAGCUCUGCGAGAGCAAGACCAAGGCUAUUGAUGUGUUGCAGAGGGAAAUUUCUGGACUUGAGAAGAGAAACAUUGAUCUGAGUGAUAACCUGAAGACUCUUCAGGUGGAAUUUGAUGUGAGAAAUGAUGAGAACCUAAAGCUGAGGGAAGAGAUCCAAUCGAUUGAGUGUCAAAAUGAUGAGAUCACGCAGAAGUUGCUGGACAGUGAUGGUGAAAUUCAGAAUCUUCAGGUGGAAAUCAAGAAGCUUCUGUCGCAAAACACACAAUUGGAGGCCAACAUGUCGCAGAAGGACAGCGAAUUGUUGAGUAUGAAGAUUUCUAUGAACAAAAAGAGUGCAGAGUUGAGCACAGACUCUGCGAAGAUUGCCAAUCUGCUGCAGGAGGUGGAGAAGUACAAGGGGCUGGAGAAGCAAGUGAAGCAGCUGGAGAGUCUGGAGCACGAGGAGAAGGAGAUCAAUGAGAGACUCGUGAAUGAGAAUGCCAUCUUGCACGCUAAGCUGCAAAAGAAUCGACAGAUUCUGGAUGAGAAGGAGAAAUCCUGGGUGUCUGAGAGGGAUGCGCUCAACAAGACCAUCGCUGAGUGUGGCAAUGCCGAUGAGAAGGUGUCAGAGAUGAAGCGUGAGAUGGAGGGAAAACUGGAGAAGAUGAAGGAUAAAAUGAAGACGCUCUGCACUGCCGAAUUGGAGAAGAUGAAAACGAGGUACGAGAAAAAGUUGGUGGAGAAAGAUCAACAGGUGAAGAGUUUGUCGCAUCAGAUUAACAGUCUCAAUAGUGAGAAACUGGAGUUGGUGAAGGAGAAUAUGCAUUUCAAGAGAAAGAACGACAAUGCAGCGAUGCUGAAGAAGCCAAUGCUGCCAGAGUUGAAUUUCAACAUGGAAGAUGAAGAGGGAGAGCAGUUCAACAACACUUAUCUGCUGAAGGACGUGAAACUCGAGAAUCCUGAACAUGCGUCAUUGUUUGGAAGGGAGUCAGUAACGAAAGAGGAGCUGGACUACAGGAACUCCAAGCAGCCGCCACACCUGAAGUGUCAAUAUGCUGCUCAGUACGGCAUUGGUGGUAAUUUUGAGGACGAUGUAACGUCAAUUGGGGAUGCAAAUGGGCAUGAUGACAGCAUGAGUAGCCUGCUGUACGCGGGACAGCGGAAGAAGAUGAGCGGCACGACAUCCUACAAGAGACCUGGACCGCCCACACCAAGCAAGAAUGGUGGACGUCUCUCUCUCAGCGGCGCCACGGAAAUCCAUCCGCGUCAGAUCCUCAAGGAGAUCAAUGAGUCCACGAAGCAACAGACACCGAGCGGCCUGAGACACUUCUUCGGCCGAAGAUCACUGGCAAAAGAUGAGAAUCCCUUGACCUCACCGGCUGCACGUUUCAAGAGUAUAUUUCGAAACAAGCGCGCCCAUAAAUAAGACUUUACGUACAAUUAGUACCUAUACGAGUUUAGUAUCACUUACGGUGUUUUAUUAUAAGCCAGUAAUCAGAGUAGAAAUAUAUUUAUUUUCUAAGAGAAAAAUUGUUAGAUUUACAAGAAAAUAUUAAGAAGUGUGCAAAAUGCAGAAUCUCAAU